CUUCUCUCUCUCUCUCUCUCUCUCCAUUAUCGCCGACGACUACAGCGAUAUGGCUCUCAGGGGCAACUGGAUGUACGAGAACAAUGGAGGGACCUGCGUCGCGAUCGCGGGAGCGGACUACUGCGUGAUUGCCGCCGACACGAGGCUCUCCGUCGGCUACAGCAUCUACACCCGCGACUACUCCAAGAUCUGCAAGCUAGCAGACAAGUGUGUGAUGGCGUCCUCGGGGUUCCAGGGGGAUCUUAAAGCUCUGCAGAAGAACUUGGCGGCAAAGCAUUUG